GUAAAAAUAAGUAAUAUAUUGAUUAUAUUGAUUAAUUUUCCUCUCGAAAUCAUGUCAACAAAUUCACUUGAUUUGGAAAUGAUAGAAAAUGAUUCAAAUCGUGCACAAGUUGUGGCCACAGCUGUACGAGAAGCGUGCAACAUCGCUGCCGCCAGCCAAAAUCAGCAACAAGAUUGGGAAGCUGCUUGUCAAAGGAUUAUGAAUAACAAACUACUCACCGAUUCCGAAAAAACUGCAAUACUUGCCUUAUUUCAACCUUCUAAAGCUUGA